ACCCAAACUAAAAUUAGCUAUUUAUAAAGAGAAAAAAAAGCAGAAUCGAAAUUCUCUUCAAAAAAAAAAAAAAAAAAAAAGCAGAAGCGAAAUUUGUAUAUUCCAUAACGUAUUAGGAAAAACUUAAAAAAAAUGCGCCAACAGGUUACGUCACUUGAAGCACACGGUUUUGAUUCUCCCACAACAGAAAGUGCUUUUUCUUCUUCUCUUUCUUCAUCUUCUUCUUCAGCCAGUGAUCGGAGAUUGAAAACUCUCGUAAGACACUUUGUAGACUCAUCGCCUGUGCCUGUGAUGGAUUCUCAUUCUCAGAACCCUAACGACACCGUUUCUCCCUCUCCCACCUCUUCUGCCUUCCAUGCCGAUUCCGUCUUCGCUCACCUCGUUCGCGCUCCUGAAGAUCCUAUCCUCGGCGUCACUGUUGCAUACAACAAAGAUCCAAGCCCGAUUAAGCUGAACUUGGGCGUUGGUGCUUAUCGAACUGAGGAAGGAAAACCUCUUGUUCUGAAUGUAGUGAGGCAAGCAGAGCAGCAGCUUGUUAAUGACAGGUCACGUGUGAAGGAGUAUCUUCCUAUUGUUGGACUUGCUGAGUACAACAAAUUGAGUGCUAAGCUUAUUCUUGGCGCUGACAGCCCUGCUAUUCAAGAGAACAGGGUUACCACUGUUCAAUGCUUGUCUGGUACAGGCUCUUUGAGAGUUGGAGGUGAAUUUUUGGCUAGGCACUAUCAUCAACUUACAAUAUACAUUCCCCUGCCAACGUGGGGAAACCACCCAAAAAUAUUCACUCUGGCAGGUCUAUCUGUGAAAACAUACCGCUACUAUGAUCCAGCAACACGUGGACUGGACUUCCAAGGCCUCCUAGAAGACCUUGGUUCUGCCCCAUCUGGAGCUAUAGUGCUCCUUCAUGCAUGUGCACACAACCCCACCGGUGUUGAUCCAACCAUUCAGCAGUGGGAGCAGAUCAGGCAGCUGAUGAGAUCAAAAGCAUUAUUGCCAUUCUUUGACAGUGCCUAUCAGGGUUUUGCAAGUGGGAGUCUGGAUGCAGACGCACAGCCUGUUCGUAUGUUUGUUGCAGAUGGUGGUGAAUGCCUUGUUGCUCAGAGUUAUGCCAAGAACAUGGGACUCUAUGGGGAACGUGUUGGUGCCUUGAGCAUAGUCUGCAAGUCAGCUGAUGUUGCGAGCAGGGUUGAGAGCCAGCUGAAACUUGUGAUCAGACCCAUGUAUUCAAGCCCACCCAUUCAUGGUGCAUCUAUUGUUGCUACAAUCCUCAAGGACAGGAACUUGUACACUGAGUGGACCAUUGAGUUAAAGGCAAUGGCUGACCGUAUUAUCAGCAUGCGUCAACAACUUUUUGAUGCCUUACAUGCUAGAGGUACACCUGGGGACUGGAGUCACAUUAUUAAGCAGAUUGGUAUGUUUACUUUUACGGGAUUGAACUCAGAACAAGUGGCUUUCAUGACUAGGGAGUACCAUAUAUACAUGACAUCUGAUGGGAGGAUUAGCAUGGCAGGUCUGAGCUCCAGGACAGUCCCUCAUCUUGCAGAUGCUAUUCAUGCAGCUGUUACUAGUUUUGCCUGAUUUUGUUGCUGGCAACAUUUUUCUACUGGGAAAGGCCUUCCCAUUUCGAUGGACUCGUCCCCUUUACUAUUUUGUUGUAAUAAUUGGCCCCCCAACUAUUGAGAGUUUAAAGAUAUAGCCCUCAACCAUCGAGAGUUUAAAGAUAAAGCGUUUUGUUAAGUGGAGGAAUAUUUCAAAAGAUUUGCUUUUAAGCUGAGAAUUUUAUUGCAACUUAAAUUUUAUAGCGCUCAA